UUCUAUUUACAUUUGAGUUCAUCAAACUUCAAUAAGUAAUAUGGCUAAGUUUUUGAACUCUAUCAUUUGUUUCUUUCUCAUUCUUUCAGCUGCAAUGACAAUUACUCAAGUGAAUGCUCAACAAAGAUGUACUGAUACUUUGACUACAAAAGAUUGCACCAUGGCUGAGUGUCAAAGUGAAUGUUUGAAGAAACAUAAUGGAAAUGGAGUUUGUACUGGUGGCAAUGAUGGGCCAUUAAGUUGUGUUUGUGUUUACAAUUGUUAGGUCUAAUAUUUCAACUCUUUCUCAUAAUAAUAAUAAUAAUAAUAAUGCCAGUUGUAAUUGAAUAAAAAAGUAUAUUAUAUAUUGUUGUUAGCAGUAUGAACCUCUUAUCGAUUGUCAACAUAUUUAU